AUGUACAAGAAGGAAGCUGAGGAUCAUAUCGGCCCCGAGCCGAUCCAUGACUUGACCAUGGACGCCGAUAUGAAUGAUCGUGAGAAGCAGAUCUACCACGGUGGCAUGGAGAAAUUCAGUCGGUUGGGAUGGAAGCGUCUGACCAUUGUUCUGAUCGUCGAGGCUGUUGCUCUUGGAAGUCUGUCAAUCCCGUCCACGUUCGCGACCCUCGGUAUGGUGGCUGGUGUUAUCUGCUGUGUUGGAAUUGGUCUCAUCGCAGUCUACACGAGUUAUAUCAUCGGUCAAGUCAAAGUCAAGUUCCCGCAUAUCUCCAACUACCCCGAGGCUGGCCGUCAGAUGUUUGGUCGGUGGGGAUACGAGAUUCUCUAUCUUAUGCUGUGCCUGGAGCUCCUUCUGUCGGCUGGAUCUCACUGUUUGACUGGAACCAUUGCUUUCACGAAUAUUACCGGUAGCAACGUCUGCGCUGUUGUUUUCGGUGUCGUGUCCGCUGUCAUUCUCCUGCUCUUCGCGAUCCCGCCUAGCUUCUCCGAGAUGGCUGUUCUGGGUUACAUCGAUUUCGCCUCUGUUAUUAUUGCUAUUGGUAUCACCAUCAUCGGAACUGGUGUUGAGGCCACAAAUUCGCCUGGUGGCCUCGCUGCUGUGAAUUGGUCCGCCUGGCCAAAGGAGGGAAUCACUUUCGCCGAAGCCUUCAUCGCCCUCUCCAACAUUAUUUUCGCCUACAGUUUCGCACUCUGCCAAUUCUCCUUCAUGGACGAAAUGCACACCCCAACCGAUUUCCCUAAGUCGAUCUGGACCCUCGGUCUGGCCGAGAUCUUUAUUUAUACCAUUACUGGUGCCCUCUGCUACGCUUUCAUCGGCCAAGAUGUCCAGUCCCCCGCUCUGCUGUCCGCCGGUAGCCUGCUUAGCCGGAUCGCGUUCGGUAUCGCUCUGCCAGUUAUCUUCAUCAGUGGUUCCAUCAACACCGUGGUUCUGGGGCGUCUGAUUCACGGCCGUAUGUUCGAAGGAUCCAAUAUUCGCUUCAUCAACACCAAGAUGGGCUGGAUUACCUGGCUCGCAGUUGUCACCGUCCUCACCAUCCUUGAAUUUGUCGUCGCUGAGGUUAUUCCCUUCUUCGACGACCUGCUAUCCGUUAUCUCUUCCCUCUUUGUAUCCGGAUUCACCUUCUACUUCCCGGCUAUCAUGUGGUUUAUGUUCAUUCGCCAGGGCAGCCUGUUUGACCCCAAGAACAUUGUCCUGGGAUUGAUCAAUGCCAUCAUUCUAAUCAUUGGUCUGAUUGUGCUCGGUGCUGGAACUUACGCCAGUGUUGUCGAUAUUAUCAACUCCUACAAAGAGGGUACCGUUGGAGGUGUCUUCUCGUGUACUGCCUCAUAG